UCUGUCACAAAAACUUAAGGCAACAGUAAAGUGAGAUCACCCAGUUUCUUCCUUUUGACAAAUAAACGACUAUAAACUACUUUUUCUCUAUAAACCCAACUUUCAAGUCAAGGGAAGAGAGAGAAAUUAUCAGAGGUAACCUGUGUGUGAACGUGAACUUGCAGCAAUAUGGGUAAGAAGUCGUGUGAGAUGAGAACUCCUCUUUAUCUCUUCCUCUCUUCUUCAUACUUUCAGAGUUAAAGAGACACAGAAGACCUUCCAAGACUUUCAAAACCAGAAAAAUGGUCACCUCUGGUCAUUGCAGCUCCCUCUUCUUUCUCUUACUAUGUUCCUGCUUCACUGGUAGCUGGGCACAAGAUGCACCGGUAAUGCUUGAAUUGAAGGCCUCUCUUUUAAAGUCCUCUGCAACUAGUUUGUUGGAUUCAUGGAAAAAUGAUACAUCUCCUUGCAAUUGGACUGGUAUUCACUGCAACUUGCAAGGAAAUGUAACUGAAAUCAAUCUGAGUUCGAAACGUUUGGCUGGAGAAUUGCCUUUAGAAUCCAUUUGCGGGCUUGCUUCGCUCGAAAAGCUUUUCAUGGGGAAAAAUUCUCUUUAUGGGAACAUCUCUAAUGGGUUUACCAAUUGCAAAAAGCUUCAAUACCUUGAUCUAGCUUUCAAUUCCUUCACUGGGUCUUUUCCUGAUCUCUCUAAUCUUUCAGAAUUGAAGCUUUUGAACCUCUCUGAUAAUGGCUUCUCUGGUCCUUUCCCUACUACUUCUUUGAGAAACAAACCCAACUUGGUUUCUUUGAGCCUUGGUGAUAAUCCCUUCGAUCCGAGCCCUUUUCCUGAAGAGAUAUUGGCUCUUUCUCAACUCAGCUGGCUUUAUCUCUCUAAUUGUGGCCUCUCCGGACGCAUCCCGCAAGAUAUUGGAAACGUCACUGAGCUCGUGAACUUAGAACUCUCUGAUAACUCCUUUUAUGGAGAGAUUCCAGCUUCAAUUUCGAAACUUUCAAAGCUAUGGCAGCUGGAGCUCUAUAACAACUCGCUCAAUGGAACAAUCCCUGUUGGUUUUGGUAACUUAGUGAAUCUCCAAAAGUUCGACGCUUCGAUGAAUUACCUUGAUGGAGGUCUUACAGAGCUCAAGUCCUUGACAAAGUUGGUUUCUUUACAACUCUUUUACAACCAAUUUUCAGGAGAAAUUCCUGUUGAAUUUGGUGAAUUUCGAGAGCUGGUGAACCUUUCAUUGUACUCUAACAAUCUUUCAGGCCCUCUGCCGCAAAAGCUUGGAAGUUGGUCUGAAUUCUAUUUCAUCGAUGUCUCUGAAAAUGGUUUUACUGGACCUAUUCCACCUGAUAUGUGCCUUAAAGGUAAGAUGACUUUCUUACUCAUGCUUGAUAAUAAAUUAUCAGGGGAAUUGCCUUCUACUUAUGCUACUUGUUCUUCUAUGAAUCGAUUAAGGGUGAGCAAUAACUCACUUUCUGGUAAGAUUAGUGCUGGAAUUUGGGGUUUGCCAAAACUUGAGAUCAUAGAUUUUGCCAUGAACCAAUUUGAAGGUGAGGUGGGUCUUGAAAUCCGAAACGCCAAGUCUCUUACCGAGUUAUAUAUACAAAAUAAUCGAUUUUCUGGCCAACUUUGGUCUGAAAUUUCACAAGCUUCUUCCUUAAUUGAGAUCAAUGCCAGUGUUAAUGAGAUUGAAGGUGAAAUUCCAGCUACCAUUGGAGAGUUGCCAAAGCUCAAUAAACUCCAUCUCCAAGACAACAAAUUUUCUGGCAAAAUACCUGACACAAUUGGCUCCUGUGCAUCUUUAAGCGACAUAAAUCUUGCUGGGAACCAGCUUGUGGGUCAGAUCCCGGCGAGCUUGGCGUCAAUUCAGGUACUUAAUUCCUUGAAUUUGUCAGAUAAUCAACUUUCUGGUGAAAUUCCGACAAGAUUUUCAGUGGUUCGAUUUAGUCUUUUGGACCUCUCUAAUAACCAAUUAACUGGACCUAUACCCCAAGGCCUGGAAUCAGAAGCUUAUGCAGAUGGGUUGGCUGGAAAUUCCGGCCUUUGUAGCCAGAAUCUUCACUAUUUCCGUCAAUGUGUGUCCAAUUCAGGCGACCCCAAUGUCAUAACUAUCAUUGUGUGCUUAGUAAUUGGAACUACCAUCUUGGUUGUAUUACUAGCCUCUUUCCUCUUCUUAAAGCGACGAAGCUCAAAAAAUUUCUCAUCCAAGAGUUCAUGGAACCUGAAAUCAUUCCAUAUCUUAACAUUUACAGAGAGAGAAAUUCUCAACUCUUUGAAGGAAGAAAACUUGAUAGGACAAGGGGGCUCAGGUGAGGUAUAUCGAGUAGAUUUGAGUGAUGGAAAAACCUUAGCUGUGAAGCAAAUAUGGAUUCAACCCAAGGAAAAUGAAGACUUUACAACAAGUGUGUCUAUGCUGAAGAAACGGAGGUCAUCAAAUUCUCAAGAAAUUGAGGCUGAGGUCUCAGCUUUAAGUGAGAUAAGGCAUGUUAAUGUAGUGAAAUUAUAUUGCAGUAUAAGCGGUGAAGAAUCCCAAUUACUGGUGUAUGAUUACAUGCCAAACGGGAGUUUAUGGGAUAGGUUACAUGGAAGUGAGAAAUGUGAGUUGGAUUGGGAUAGGAGGUAUCAGAUUGCUUUGGGAGCAGCAAAGGGUCUGGAGUAUUUACACCAUGGGUGUCGUAGACCCGUGGUGCACCGAGAUGUGAAGUCGAGUAAUAUAUUGAUUGAUGAGUUCUUUGAGGCAAGGAUUGCAGACUUCGGGUUGGCGAAGGUGGUCCAGAGGGUGGGGAGCAGGGAGGUUUCAAGGUCGGUCGCAGGUACCUUGGGGUACAUGGCUCCCGAAUAUGCUUACAGUAGCAACGUGAGCGAGAAAACCGAUGUUUACAGCUUCGGCGUAGUUCUGAUGGAGCUAGUCACUGGGAAAAGGCCAAUUCAACCAGAAUUUGGAGUGCAUGGGGACAUAGUAAUGUGGGUGUCUAGUAAGAUGACCAGUAGAGAGAGUGUUUUGGGGGUAGUAGAUUCUAGGAUACAAGAGAGCAUGAGGGAAGAGGCAGUGAAGGUUUUGAGGAUUGCAGUUUUAUGCACAUCAAGGCUUCCAGCUUUAAGGCCCACCAUGAGAGGUGUGGUGCAAAUGUUACUUGAUGCAGAUCCAUAUUACUGUUACCCCAUUCUAAAAAUCAAAAUAGUGGGAAAAGAGAAUGAUGCAGCCAUCACCCACCCCCUGCAUGCCCAUGCCCAUGCCCCUUUCACUCACAAACACACACCUCAUCUCUCUAAAAUUCAGUGCUCCUCCAUUGUCUUAACAAUGGCUUCCAAGACCCACUUCCUUUCUCUUCUCUCCCUCAUCCUCCUCAUCGGUUUCUCUCUCCAAUCCAACCAAGACCAACUCCAUUUCUUAUCUCUCUUGAGAGACUCUGUUUUGACCCCUUCUCUCCUGAACUGGCCUAAUUUUGAAGACCCAAACACCACUAGCUCCAUCGCUUCAUCUGCUUACUGUAACUUUGAAGGUGUCCUAUGUGACACCUUUGGCUCUAUAAUGGAGCUCAACUUCUCUGGCCGUGUUCUCGGUGGUCUGUUCCCAGCCAACGCUUGCCACUUCUUGCCGGAGCUGCGUACGCUUAAACUUGGUGGUAACUGGUUUCAUGGCGAUUUUCCUGUAGGUAUUGUAAACUGUUCUCUCUUAGAAGAGCUCAACUUAACCAUGAACCAUUUCUCUGGUCAAUUGCCUGAUUUAUCGCCAUUAACCUCUCUCAAAGUCCUAGACUUGUCGUACAACCAAUUUUCUGGUGAGUUUCCAGUGACUGUGUCGAACCUUACUAAUCUCGAAGUGCUCAAUUUCAAUAUGAUCCCCAAAUUUUUCAUGAGAGAAUUGCCUCAAGAGAUUACUAGGCUCACGAAAAUCCGGAAGCUUAUUCUCUCCACUUGUGGCCUUGUGGGUCAGAUUCCUGCAAGCUUGGCUAACUUAAGUGAGCUUCAGGACCUCGAGCUCAGUGGAAAUCACCUUGUGGGUCAGAUUCCAGCGGAGUUAGGAAGGCUAAAAAACCUGCAACUUCUUGAGCUUUACUAUAACCAACUCUCCGGUUCAAUACCCAAAGAGCUUGGAAACUUAACUAAUCUCAGAGACUUGGAUAUUUCGGUGAAUAAACUCACUGGAAAUAUACCUGAUGAGAUUUUCCGGUUACCAAACCUUGCCUCUCUCCAGCUUUACAACAAUUGUCUCACUGGAAAAAUACCAGAAGCGAUUGGAAAUUCGACCUCUUUGAUGGGCCUGUCACUGUAUGAGAACUACCUUACCGGGGAAUUGCCCCCCGGACUUGGUGAGUUCUCGAAUUUCAUCCUCCUUGAUGUUUCGGAAAACCAACUUUCUGGCCAACUUCCAGCAAAAAUCUGCAGUUCUGGCAAUUUACAAUACUUUCUUGCUCUCAAUAACAAGUUUUCAGGUGGUUUGCCCGAGUCUUAUACGAACUGCAAGAAAUUGUUGAGGUUUAGAGUGAGCAAUAAUAGUUUGAGUGGGAAAAUUGUUGAAGGAUUUUGGGAACUACCCCAUAUCUCCAUUAUUGAUUUGGCUUUCAAUGGUUUCGAAGGAUCAAUCCCUCCAAAUAUUCAAACGGCAAAGAAUUUAUCGGAACUGUACUUGCAAAACAAUCAAUUUUCCAGUGAAAUUCCUCCUCAAAUUUCAGGGGCAAACAAUUUGGUGAAGCUUGAUUUAAGUGGAAAUUUGCUGAAUGGUUCAAUACCACAAGAAAUUGGGAAGCUAACCCAGCUCAAUCUUCUCCUCCUUCAAAAGAACAAUUUGGUUGGAGCCAUUCCUGAUUCUCUCUCAGCGCUGAAAAUGCUCAAUGUUCUUAAUCUUUCUAACAAUCUAUUGACAGGGAAAGUGCCUGAAAGCCUCUUCCAACUGCUGCCUAAUUCGCUCGAUUUUUCAAACAAUAGGCUCUCAGGUACGGUUCCUUUAGCCAUCGUUAGAGGGGGAAUAGAAGAAAGCUUGGCGGGUAAUCCAGAUAUAUGCAUUCAAGCCGACUCUCUCUCCGCGCUAAAGCCAAAUAUAAUCCCCCCAUGCCAAGAGAGAAGCAAGAAACAGAGGCUUCAUAGCUUUUGGGUGAUACUCGUUUCCAUCAUUGCCCUUUUUAUUGGAAUCCUCUUGUUUUUCCGACGAUGGUUUAGAAGAGAGAAAGUGGUUGUAGAGAUAGAGGCUUCUUCCUCUGUUUCCUCUUUCCUAUGGGAUGUCAAGAGUUUCCAUAAACUCAAUUUUGACCAACACGAAAUCCUUGAAAGCUUGAAUGAAAAAAAUGUAAUUGGCCAUGGUGGGUCAGGAACAGUCUAUCGGAUUCAGCUCAAAAAUGGAGAGGCAGUAGCUGUGAAAAAGCUUUGGACUAAGAGAGCCAAAAACCAAGCUUCUGAUAUAGGGUUUAUAGAUAGGGAGCUUGAAGCUGAGGUCAAAACUCUAGGAAGCAUAAGGCACAAGAACAUUGUUAAGCUUUACUGUUGUUUCUCGAAUCCUUAUUCGAACUUAUUGGUCUAUCAAUACAUGCCAAAUGGAAAUUUGUGGGAUGCUUUGCAUAAGGGGACUUGUUUGCUUGAUUGGCCAGCGCGGCACAGAAUAGCUCUCGGAAUAGCUCAAGGAUUAAGUUAUCUUCAUCAUGACUUGUCCCCACCUAUAAUUCACAGAGACAUUAAGUCUACCAAUAUACUUUUGGAUGCUGAUUUCCAGCCUAAAGUUGCAGAUUUUGGAGUAGCAAAGGUUUUGCAAUCUCGUGGUUCUGGGGAUUCGAUCACGACGACUGCCAUUGCUGGGACCUAUGGAUACUUAGCACCAGAGUAUGCUUAUUCAUCAAAGGCAACUACAAAGUGCGAUGUGUAUAGCUACGGCGUGCUCCUCAUGGAGCUCAUAACUGGGAAAAAGCCUGUCGAGGCCGAAUUUGGGGAAAACAAGAACAUAGUCUAUUGGAUCUCUAAGAAAGUGGCCACCAAAGAAGGGACCAAGGAUGUUCUCGACAAGCAAUUAGCAGAAUUGUUCACGGAUGAUAUGGUAAAAGCUCUCCGAAUAUCAGUCCUGUGCACCAACAACAUGCCAGCAUAUCGACCAAAAAUGAAUGAGGUCGUGCAAAUGUUGAUCGAAGCGGACCCCGCAAGGGGAUUCAAUGCCUUCAAAUCAGAGGCCAUUAAAGUUAAAUCCCCCUCCGAAUAAUAGUUAUAGAAAAGAAGGGGUGGGGACCCAAAUCAACAUGAAUGGGCCUUAUUUGAUAAAGCAUUAGUACUCUUAAGAAACAGUAUCUGUCUCUUAGUUUGGGACCCUUUUGCGUAGUUGAGAACUCUCUUUUGAACAGUUUGUUUUGUUGUGCUUUGAAAAAGAAAAUGUAGAAUGUAUAAAGUUAUUGCUUCUUUA